GUCAACUCUGUGUCUAGAAUGGUACAUUAGUAGCUACUAGGUCACCAACUAUUUCAGAUACUGUUAGAAAAGUGUUACAUUUUUAAACUCUGGAAGUGCUGGAGGUCAUGGGGAACUCAGAGAGCAUGUGGUGGGUUGUGGUGGAGUGCGCCUGCAGGAUCCUUGGUGUUUCUACGGCUACAGUGUUGUGCGCUGUGGGAGUGGAGACCAUACAGCAUGGGGAAUUCAACAGCCUCGGCAUCUACCUACUAGUGUCAUCUGUUGCCAUCAUGAUGUUUGAGAUGGCCUAUUUUCUGGAUGCUCUCCUGUUUAUGUGUCUGCCCUGUCCUCCAGACUGGCAGGUGUUUGUGUUGUGGGGGAAGAUGGCUCGCAUUGGAGGCUUCCAUAAGUUCCUCUACUACUCCAUCAUGUCAGUGGUCUGCUUCUUGCACCCUGUGUUGGUAUGGCAUGCAAUUAUUCCAGGGACAAUGCUUCUGGUGACAGCCUUUUUCAACUUCAUACUGAGCAAGAAAACAAAGACCAAGCCUCCAAAAAGACCACAGGAGAGCUACAGUGACCAAGGCCCGACAACUGUCUGUGUAACAGAAGGAGCAAGUUUGGACAGCCCUCUUUCAUUCUUCCACAUCAUGACAGGAAGGAAAGGGGGCGGAAUGGCUCUCACAACCAGAGACCGCUGCCUCGACCUGGGAGAGAGAGGAGAGAGCAUCCAGGCCAUGCUGGAGCUGGAGCAGACGGCAGCACCUAAAGACACAGGCAGGGAGAGAAGGAGGUGGAAAGAGAGGAGGCUGAUAAGCUUCACAGGCAGGGAGGAGCCUGUGGAGAGAGAGAUGGAGGAGAUGGAUGUCUACUAUGAGCCAGAGCCAGACACCACCUCAGACACUGCGCCUAUGAUUACUGACUGAACAUCCCUCUGCACGCAGACUAAGCUCCUUACUGAUAUCACAUGAGGGAGAGCAUGUGUAAUGAAAUCAUACUGACUGGGUGCGACUAGCUGGUGCUACGUUGCGUUUGCUUCAUUUAGCUGAAAAUGCCAUUUUAAAAUGUCUGAGCAGCCAAAAUAAAUCUUUUGAGCAUUUUUAAGUGUUCAGUAACAAGGCCUGGUGUGUUAUAUGUAACUACACAACAAAAAUAUGAAGAUGAUUAGAUUUUUUUAUGUUCUAGAGAUCUGUAUAUUUUUUACUUCUAAAAGAUCUCUUUGUACAAAAUAAUGUUUGAUGUGUUAAA